AUGUUAGCUCAGGGCUCACAAAGCUCGAUUUCAAUAGAUUCGGUCUUAUCUUCUAUAACCCAGCAGUGUUCAGGAUUGCUCCAAAACGGCAAUUCAAACUUAUCUGACUUAGAAAAACUAGUAGGCGAAAUCCAUAAUAAUAUUUCUUUGCUCCAAAAGGCAAACGAAAGCUUUAUGCAGUUUGAGGAUGAAGGAAGGCUUCAGAAUGAAGCCUACUCGAAAAUCCUUAAAAUUUCUAAUGAAAUAAAUGCUUUAAGGGCUAAAAAAGACAGGCAAACUAUGCUCAGAAACCGCCUUGAUAGUCUAGUGUACAAGUAUUCAGUAGUCCCAAAGCGACUAAAAGCAAAGAAGGACAUUAAAAAAAUUCAGAAAAAACUCGAGGACUUAAAAAAAAAUUCUAACCUGUUUUCUAAAGGUUUAUAA